AUGUCCAAGCUCGUCAUCUUCGGCGCCACCGGCCAGCAAGGCCAUUCGAUCCUCACCACCGUGCACAAUGACCCCGUCCUCUCCAAACAAUACUCUAUCCGGGCCGUCACCCGGAACACAUCCCAUCCAACCGCCCAGGAGAUCGCCAAGAAAGGCAUCGAAGUCGUCCAAGCGGACCUCGACACGCCAGCCUCUCUCCCGGCCGCGCUAGAAGGCGCCGACGCCGUCGUCCUGAUCACAGCGACAGUCUACGACGCGGAGUUAAAAGAACGCGAGUUCCGACAGGUCCAAGCCGUCGGCGACGCCUCCGUCGCCGCAGGGGUGAAGUUCCUCAUCUACAGCAGCUGCGUGCACAGCGCGAAGUUGUGGAACGGCCGUGCAGUGGACGCGUUCGAUUCCAAAGCCGAGGCGGAGGCGUAUCUGCGCUCGUUGCCGUUGAAAACGGCCUUCUUUGCGCCGGGCAUGUUCAUGCAGAACCUGGCCACCUUCAUGGCGCCCCGUCCGGCCGGCGACGGCACCUACAGUAUCGCCAGUAUUGUCUCGCCGGAUGCGAAGAUCCCGUUGAUUGAUGUGGUGGGCGAUUCCGGUACGUUCGUUGCGUCGCUGUUGCGGGACACGGAGAAGGCUGCGGGGACGACGCUUUACGCUGCGACGAGCAUGUACGGGUUCAAGGAGAUCGUGGAGGUCAUUUCGCGCGUGUCGGGCAAACAGGUGAACUAUGUUCGGCUGCCGGAGGAGGUGUAUGCUGGGUUCAUGAAGCCCGACCAAGGGCAGAGAAUGGUUGCUAUGAUGCGGUUCUUUGAAGAGGUGGGAUAUUUCGGCCCGGAUACUGAGAAGCUGGUUGAUGAGACGCUGAAACAAGUGGAUGGGAAAUUGACGUCGUUUGAGGAGUUUGCGGAGAAGCAUCUCGUGGAGUUCUAG